AUGUCCAUCUUCGCUCUCCCGCCCCCACCCCCACUCUGGGGGUUCGCUCCGGCUGACGGCGACUUGGUCCGGAGACGCCUCCUCCGCCCUCGCGGUGGCCCUGCUUGGCACCGCGCCUCUGGAAGCUUCCUGAAUGGCAGGCGGUGGGGGCGGCCCGGGGGAAACCGGGGCGGAGCCAGCCGCGGCCAGGGGGCCGGGCUUCGCCUCCGUGGGCUGAUCGACCGCGCUCCGAAGCCGCGCUCAGCCGGGCUGCAGCCGCUCGGGCGGAAGGUCUGA